AUGAACUGCAAACAAAUUAUUGCUAGUUUUCUUGCUGAGAAAGGGAACUAUGAGGUGUUCAAAAUGGGUAGUUGUAUUAUGUGGGCUCAAUGGAAGAACGGAAAUGACAAAGUCUUCAACUGUAAAAACCGCUCCAUCCAAAGCAUCAUUAAAGAAGCUGUAUUUUGGUUCAACUACUCUAUCCUUGUACUACCGGAGGAUGAACUGCAGAUCCAAACUAAUCACUAUAGAGAAAGUGCAGCUGAGUGGAAACCACCUGAAGCUAAAUGGAUCAAACUGAAUGUGGAUGCAGCCUUUGAUAACUUCAAGGCAGGGUGGGAAGUUGUUGCAAGAGAUUCUGAUGUUGCUUUCAAAGAUUGUGUAACAAAGUCUCAUGAAGUUUUGAGUCCUAUUGAAGUAGAAACAAGGGUUGUUCUUCUGGCAGCUGACUUCACAAUAGUUAUGGGCCUGCAUAGAGUUAUAAUUGAAAGUGAUGCUGAGAAGGUGAUCAAGUUGCUAACCGAGGAAAAUGCCAAUGCCCCCUACAGAUUACGCGAGCUAAUUCUCCAGAUUAGAGCUCAGACUAAAAUAGUGACCGAGGUAAAAUUGUUCGUAUCUGAUUUGAUUUAG